AAACAAUGAUAAAAUAGCCUAAGAUUUAUUCAUUUGAAGUCUAAUCUUGCCAAUCGAUUAUUUUUUAAUCCCUUUUUUCUAAUGUUGCGAUAAUCGUUGACUAAAAUAAUACCAAAUGGAAUUAAAUCCAUUAAUUCAACCAACAUCCGAUCAAGAACCAUUAACAUCGUUGAUGACAAUGUUUUUAAACGAACAGCAACAACGAUUACAAUGGCAACUAGAAUCGCAACAAUUUUGUCAAUCCUCUUUCGGUCAUCAUUCUUCAUUGGGACCACUUCAACAGCCGCAACAUAUGACAUGUAUCUACCAUCAAUAUCCAUCAUCACACAAUGCUGCCAUUCCUUUUUAUGGAAUGGAUCCAUAUUCUCAAUCACCAUUCUGCCAAUAUUGGUCUUAUCUUUCGAUGCCAGCUAUGGCCGGAGGUUCAUCAUCAUCGACAACGACAGGAUUUCAAUGUGCUCAACAGCUAUGCAAUCAUCAGGCAGGAAAUCCCUGGCUGACAUCAUGUCCAAAUCAAUCGUGUUUAUCUAUCAUGUCGAAUAAUUCAACAGAUUCGUUGGGUUUUGAUCGACUAAAUACCCGACUUCGAGAUGAUAGUGCAGCUCGCUUACAGCAACUUAUUUCUUUUCUCGAAGAUUCAGAUCAACCAAUCGAUUUGGACGUACUGAUGCCGAAUGGUACAAUAAUUCCCAUCAAUGUAGCUCAAAAUGCGACAUUCUAUGAAAUCAAAGAAGAAGUGUUCGAAUUAUCUCAACGUGGUCCAAUGUAUGGCGCCCUAAAGGAUCGUAAACUUUAUUCAUUCUAUUAUGUGGAUGAAUUUGGCGCGCAGAAAGAAUGUGUUGAUGAAGAGAUUCGCUUGUGUGAUGCAUGUCCGGUGGGGAAUAUCCUGAAAUUAGUUGAACACCAGGAAAAUAUCGAUGAUCUUGAGCUUGAUGAGCAAAUUGGUCAACUUAUUGGUAAAUCAUUGAAAGAUUUUGAUGCUCUUUUGAAUCCCGAAGUGAAUGAAUUUCGUUAUCGAAUGCGUUCAUUGUGUGAAGAGAUUGUUAAAACUCGUCAAAAUAAUUCAUGGUUGGAUAAAAUGCGUUAUGCUUAUCCUACAAGUGUAGAUCCAUUGGAUUUGACAGUUCUGCCUAAUUAUUUCCAUGAUCGAUUACCAUCCGAUAAUAUGAUCAAUGUACAGAUCUUGUUUGAUAAACCAAAGUUUUCGAUUGUCGUCUCUGUCAGUUGUCAGAUUACGCCCGAAGAAUUACUGCGGCAAUCGAUCGAGUUAGUUUUGAACAAUCCAAUACAGUCAAAAGAAUUACUUAAGAACGAGCUUCAUUCUUUCGACUCAUUCCUUCUGGAUUCGAAUCAUAAUCAUCAAUCGACCGAUGAAGAAGAAGAGUCCUAUUAUGAAGCCAGUUUUCCAUCUAACAAUCCUCCUAAAAGCCCUAGUAAUUAUCAAUGGCAAAGCGAUUUGUCCAAUCUCUUCAUGGAUUCAAGCCAAUAUCUUUUGAAAAUUAAUGGAACUUUAGAGUAUCUGCUUGAUAAUCAUCGCCUCAUUCAAUAUCGAAUGAUUCAAGAGAUUUUAUUAUCAAACAAUUCCGUUCUACAAUUGUCGGCCAUUCCUCGCCAAUCAAUAGAAUUUGAAGAUGAACCUAUAUAUGCCAUUCAUACUGCGAUUUCUGAAGAGUUUCGUCCACGUUCACAUUCGAUCAUUUCUUUGGGUUCAUUAGGUAACGUGAUAAUGUCAACAACGGCAACUGCCAGUCGCCGUCGAACACAACAAGUGGUCGUUUCAUCGUGGUCAAUGGAUCGAAAACUAUUGAUAAAAAUUCAUUCCGCCCAUAUUAAUCAACUUCAAUUUAAUAGUGAUAUAACACGUGUGGCCGUCAUGGUCGGCAUUUUUCAUGGUGGUGAAAUGCUCUGUGAUUCACAUAUAACUACACCGGUAACAUUAGCCGAUCUGGUCAAAAGUUCACCACAAAAUCCAAACAUGGAAAUUUUUGAUACCAUACCUUGGGAAGAGGAUAUCGUAUUUAAUUUAAAAGUUUCCGAUCUGCCCCGAAUGGCUCGUAUCGCAUUCACAGUUGUUGGUUUUACUGGAUCUCAAUCAACUCGAAAGAUAGCACAAUUACGUCAGAAGCCAAUACCAAUUGCAUGGGCUAACAUUAAUUUUUUUGAUUAUCGUGGUCAACUCUGGGAAUCCUCGACUACAUUAUCAAUGUGGCUCCAUGAUAAUGAAAAUGAAUGCGUUGAUGAUGCACAAUCGGUGUUUAAACCUUUGGAAACUGUCGUACCGAAUCCAAACAUUGAUCAAACAAUAUUUCUCACUAUUUCAUUCACGAAAUAUUCGGAAGGUGACAAUACAGUCAUAAGAUUUCCAACACUUAAAGAAAUUCUACGAGAAUAUCCAAUUCAGCAGCAAAACCGUCAACAACAAAGCAAUGACAUCGUAUCAUCAUCGUGCAAUCAUCAGCAAAAUUCAGCACAGAUAUUAUAUGAAGAGAAUGAAUAUGAAUCAACAUAUGAUCCAAGAGAACGAAAAAUUUCCGAACAAUCAUUAAUAGAAGAAUCUCCACUUCUUUCUACAACUUCUCAAUUGUCUCAUGAAGAAUCACAAGAAGAACGUGAACAGAAUCUAGCAUUGAUUAAAAAGAUUAGCGAAGAAGAUCUUUUACAUCGGAUGGAAGAAAAACAUCGUGAACUUUUAUGGCGUCUUCGAUUCGAGUGUUGUCAACAAUGUCCUGAAUCUUUGUGUAAAUUAUUGAUCAGUUUCAAAUGGAAUAAUCAGCGUAUGAUUGGCGAUGCUAUUUCAUUGCUGCAAUCAUGGCCAAAACUUUCUCCCGGUAAAGCUUUAGAAUUACUUGAUUAUGCUUAUGCGGAUAAUUUAGUUCGAAAAUAUGCCAUCGAAUGUUUAAAAUCUUUAUCGAAUGAAGAUCUAUCACAAUAUCUGCUGCAAUUAGUGCAAGCAUUGAAAUAUGAAUCAUACAUUUAUAAUGAUUUAGUUCAAUUCCUAUUGGAACGUGCAUUUGAAAGUCAACGUAUUGGACACCAUUUGUUUUGGCUAUUGAGGUCAGAAAUGCAUAACCCGGCUGUUUCCGUAACGUUUGGGCUAAUACUUGAAGCUUAUUGUCGUGGAGCCAUUGAUCAUAUCUAUAUUCUUAGCCGUCAAAUGGAAUGUCUUAACAAAUUAAAACGUGUCAACAUCAUCAUCCGUGAUGAUCGUAGUCGUGAAAAUCGUGAAAAAAAGAUUGGCUGGAUGCAAGAAAUAUUAGAGCAGAAAUUCUAUCAGGAAACCUUUACAAAUGUGAUUAAUCCAUUAAAUCCGAUUUUUAAAUUUGGCCGAUUAAAAAUUAAAAAAUGUAAAUUCAUGGAUUCAAAAAUGAAACCUCUUUGGUUAGUAUUUGAAAAUUAUGAUUCAGAUGCCGGUGAUAUUUAUUUGAUAUUCAAGAAUGGUGACGAUCUUCGUCAAGAUAUGCUUACGCUACAAAUGAUUCGAAUAAUGGAUCGUCUAUGGAAAGAGGCCGGUUAUGAUUUCCGCAUGACACCUUAUCGUUGUAUUUCGGUUGAGCAUUGUGUCGGUCUUAUCGAAGUAGUUCUAAAUGCCGAUACCAUUGCUAAUAUACAGAAAAAUAAAGGUAAUGCAGCGAUAGCUGCUUUCAAAAAAGGCAGCCUACUCGCAUGGAUACGUGACCAUAAUCCUCAGGAAUCAGAUCUUAAUCGUGCGAUUGAAGAAUUUACACUUAGCUGCGCCGGGUAUUGUGUUGCCACAUACAUAUUAGGUGUGGCCGACCGUCAUAAUGAUAAUAUUAUGGUCAAAAAGAAUGGUCAAUUAUUUCAUAUUGAUUUUGGUCAUAUUCUUGGAAAGUUUAAAGAAAAAUUUGGCAUUCGCCGUGAGCGUGUGCCAUUUGUUUUGACUCAUGAUUUUGUCUAUGUGAUUACACAUGGGGAACAAUCAUCAAAAAAAUCGGAAUAUUUUCGACGUUUUCAAAGGUAUUGUGAAGAGGCAUUCAUUAUCAUUCGAAGACGCGGUUCAUUUUUUAUAUCGUUGUUCGCCAUGAUGUUAUCGUCGGGUAUACCCGAAAUAUCAUCGGUAAAUGAUCUUCAAUAUUUACGUGAAACAUUAGUAUUGGAUAAAAGUGAAGAAGAGGCACGCGGCCAUUUUAAUACGAAAUUCAUGGAAGCGUUGAAAAAUUCCUGGAAAACCAGUUUUAAUUGGUGUGCACAUAGUUUGGCCAAAGAUAAUCGAAUGAAUGAUCGUCAAAAAUAAUUUGAAAUUCAUAUAAAUAUUUAUUUUUUUACUGGACCAUUGCUGUGAAUGAAAAAAAAAUUUAGGAUAAUCAAUAGAUAUGAAUCAAAUGUGAGAU